UCAACCAAAACAGUGGCAUUAUAUUUAUUUAUAUAAAAAAAAUACUUAACACCAAAUUGAAAAAUGAAUGCUGAUGAUAGUGAUCAACAAUUCUGUUUGAAAUGGAAAACCUUUCCUUCUAGUUUGUCUUCACAAUUUAAGACUUUAAUAGAUAAUGAAGACUUUGUUGAUGUCACUAUUGCUUGUGCAGGAAGUCUUGUGGGGGCGCACAAACUUGUGCUAUCUGCUUGUAGUCCUUACUUUAGGACCAUAUUUAAGAACAACCCUUGCCAACACCCAGUAUUAUUAUUACUCGAUGUAGAAGCAAAGCAUAUAAAGGCAUUACUCCAAUUUGUGUAUUGCGGAGAGGUUGAUAUUUCUCGAAGUGACUUGCCACAGUUUUUACAAAUUGCUGAACAUUUGCAAAUUAGAGGACUUGCUGAUAAAAAUCAAGAAACAAUAAAUGAGCCAAUUGAAACACUAAUUCAAGAAAGAGUCUUUCUCCAAUCUCAAUCUUCUGUGACACCUCAAGAAUAUUUGAAAGAGCAUGAAACUACAAAUUUUAAUAAAGUUGGCAGUGAAGUUUCAAAUGAACUUUCACCGAUUCCAAGCGCCAGUGGUGAUAAAAAUCAAAUAAAAUCUGGUGUACCUAAGGAUGAAGUUAUUGAACCUUGUUCUGAUGAAAUGGAUGAACUCAUAAUACCUAAAAUUGAGAUGGAGGCUGAUGAUGUGGGUAUGUCGGUAGAGGAAAUGGAAGACAAUAAUUUGGUUAAUUUUCCUGAUCACUUGACCCCAGGAUUUAGUCAAUUUCGGGAAAAUUUGGUCACUGAAAUGCCUAGCUUUAGCUUGGGCAAAACUAUAAAUCCAAAAAAUUCAGCUCAUACACUAAAAGUAAUGUACACUGCUGAAAGAAAGAAAGUAAGAAGAAUGUGCACUGGAUGUUACGCUCAACUAAAAGAAGCAGAAGGUCGAGAAGCAGCUAGAAACAAAGGAAAAAAAGUUUCAACCUACUGCUCAGACUGCGAACAACAGCCCUUUUUUUGCUUAGAAUAUCUGAGAGAGUUCUCAAACUCUACCUUGCAGCAAACCAUCACUGGAUCUAAUAACACCUGCCGAAUGUGUGGCCAAGUGUAUUCGAACCGUUCGAAUCUCAAACAACACAUCAGUCUUAUCCACAGUCCUGAAUCAGUGGCCUGUCCCAUAUGCCAAAAACCAUUUAAAACAAAACUCUACCUCCGUAGACACCUCAAAUCCUUUCACCAUGCCAAACUGGUGCAGAAGAACAAUUUUGAUAUGUUGCCACAGAACGGUGGACUGGUACCGAGUAAUAUUAGGACUGAGGUAGAUAAUGGGUUUGUACACCAGGAUAAUAGGCAAAAGUUAGAUCAGAAUAUGGUAAGUGAUCAAAGUCUGAAUUGUAGGCAAGCGCAGUAUGGUAGUUCGUUACAAAGCGGUAUGGUACUUAAUUAUAAUGGAUCGAAUGAUUAUUUAAUGAGUAAUAAUAAUAGACUGGUUUGUACUAAUUUAAUUGCAGUGCAAAAGGUGGUGCAAAAUUGA